ACUUCUCGCCCCCGGAGUGGCGGAGUAUCGUCUCGUCUCCGAGAGCGCAAGAUGGCUGAGGUGACAGGUACGGGAAGUUGCUAACCGUCCCCGGGAUCCGCCUAAAUUUUCAGUCCGACCGCGGAGCCUAAUCGCGCGUUUGCGUUCGCGUCGCGUUACGAUGCUCGCGCACAUGAAAUCCGGCCGGGUUUAUCCGUACGGAGACGUCGACAGUCAGUACGCGUUAUAUCGUACCCCGCGAACGCAUCUCGCCUCGUAACUCGUACGUAGAUAUACAUACGUACAUAUUACAUUCGCGUGCGACCUGGUUUUUUUUCAUGCGAACUCUCACUCGGUUUCUCGACUCGCGGCUUUCGCCGAGCAUCGUCGUCUCUUCUCUCGCCUCGACAUCGUAUUGUGACAUCGGCGACGAAUCAUCCGAUCGAAUUCGUCGCAUGGUGAGACAAGUGCGUGCUGUUUGCCCGUAGAUAUUAAUACGUGCCGUUACGAUGGAGGCGAUAGUGGAAUAUAAUUAUGUGGCACAAGAGGACGAUGAGCUGACGCUGAGGAAGGGUGACAUCAUCACCGAGAUUAAGAUGAUGCUUGGCGGAUGGUGGGAGGGCACCCUGAGGGACAAGCGCGGCAUGUUUCCGGAUAAUUUCGUUAGGGUACUGGAUUCUUCUACAACUGGUAAUGGAAGUAACAGUGGCAGUAGCGAGACUGUAAAUAGUACAAAAUCUGAUAAAGUUACUUUGAGAAAUGGAUCUGGUAGACGCUUUUGCAAGGUUCUCUUCAGUUAUGAACCUUGUAAUGAGGACGAGCUGUCUUUAGUACCGCAAGAUUCGAUAGAAUUUUUAGGAAAGAUGGAGGAAGGAUGGUGGAAGGGUCGUCUCAAAGGUAGAGUUGGCGUAUUUCCUUCAAACUUUGUUUCCGCACCUGCUCCCGAAGAACAGGAGAGGCAUAAAGAACAAAGAGACAAAAAGGAAAUGUGUAGGGUACUCUUUCCUUAUGAAGCUGCUAAUGAAGACGAACUCACCUUGGUUGAGGGAGAUGUAAUUACACUUUUAUCCAAGGAUGCACCAGACAAGGGUUGGUGGAAAGGAGAAUUAAAAGGACAAGUGGGUUUAUUCCCUGACAAUUUUGUUGAGAUAAUUGAUGCAGAAAACGAAUCCCAGGAACAAGAAUCCCAGUGGCAUGAAGUAACAUCGCAAAGCAUAAAGUCAACCACUAGACAUUCCCAUCAAGCAAAGAAAGUCGAAAAAGCACACAUUAGAAAAAGUCUGGACACCAGCAAUGUACAUUCGAGUAAUAUAUCAGAUCAUUUCCCCGCCAUAGAUACUACCAUUAGAAAGAGCAUGUUGCCAGUAAUGGCCACCUCCGUGUCAACAUCGUCGGUGACGGCCACCGGAAGCGGAGGGGAUGAUAAGAAAGCGGCUGGCAGUCAUUCGAUUAUAUUAAGCCUGAAGCGUUUCGUGAGUGACGUGGGGAAUAAUAACGGUAUUGGCAACACGACAAGUGCUACUUCUGAAUGUCGUGAGGAAUUGGAUGGCGUAGAACGAGGAGAGGGCGCACCGCUUUCGCAUUUGACAGCUUCUCGCGCUAAAGCGCCUCGGCGACGUCCACCUUCGUCGCAACAUCUACGUCAUCAUGCCGCUGGAUCCACCAGCGUAAGCGCAUCCUCGACGCUCCCUUCUGUUCCUAGCACUCUUUUGGAGGAUAACUUGUCUAAUGGACGCACUGAAACAGAACAAAUACCGGAUGAAGAAACGGAUGGACUUGCAGUGAAAGCUAGGAGAAAAGCACCAUGGGUCGAGGAAUUGAAAAUAAAUCAGAUGGAAAGGAAAAAAACCGCCGCAGAUCGAAUCGAGAAGACUGGAAGUAAAAAGGAACGAUAUUUCUCACGAAUAGCAACGCAAGGAAAUGUCACGGAUUCCGUUAACAAACCGGAAAACGAUAAUGAUGAUGUCAAACCGAAAGUUAAAAGUCCUAGAGCCGAUACAAACCCGCAUGCUGACCAUAGUCCUGGCGUAUCAUCCGGACAACCGGCCUAUGUUCCAUAUGCCCUCUACAGCAAGCUAUUGGAAAGGGUCGCCGCGUUAGAGGAGAAACAAGCAGAAUUGCAGGUGACGGUAGGGCAGCUCUCCGAACAGCUUGUACCUCUUCUCGCAAACGCGUCGAUUAACAACAAAGUCUAAGAGGCGUAUGAAAGAAAAAUCGAUAAUAUAUUUAUCUGCCCAUAUUACUGUGUUGUUUUCUCAUUACACACUAAUGAGAAGAAGACUAAUACUGCUAUACUAGCGUAACGUUUAUUGCUCUAUUACUGUUGUUAUAUAUAUAUACGUAUUUAUUCAUUUGGUAGCAUUCAUUUAUUGUUUGCUCCGUCGACAGUAUUUGUGUGGGCCGGUUAAAAAAUGCACGCGACAUUCCAUACAUCAUUGUUCGCUUGUAAAAGUAUUUCCCUUUAACCCAGUUUUCGAUAAUUUAACAGAUCUCAUUGUAACUGCCGAAGUUUGUCAUCUAUCUUGAUAAUCAUCUAUUUAGAUAAUCAUAGCUGUUUUGAAAAUAACUACAAAACAUUCGCAAGCUCCAUAUAACUACUAUUUUCCUUGUAAAUUCACGACACAUAUCAAACACUUCAAACAUGUAGUGUAUAUUUGCACAUAAUCUAGAUUCUUAUGACGUGAACCAUCAUUCCCCACAUAUUAUCAAUAGCAUGAAAAAACUUGCGACAUAAAGUUUCGGAAAAAAAAGAGGAAAAGCGCAAGUGUCCUUCCAAGUGCCCAUGCUUUUCCUUUGCCAAUUUGCAUUUUAUUCAUUGUUUUAUGUUACUUAUUUUUACUCAUUUAUUUUAAUAGAAUUUACGAAAAGAUUGC